AUGUGCCCCUUUUAUUUUCCGGAUGAAUUACGGUUCAAGAUCGACAAAAAUAAUAGGCUUGCUGAAAAUAGAGAACAAAAAAAUAUCGAAACUCAUAAUAAAGAAAACGAAAUGAUAAAAAAUGAGAGUACAAAUAAAGACACGAAGAUGGAGCAAAACUACAAAGCAACAAGUCAUGUAGAGGGGUCGCCAAGUGCAUGUUCGAAUAUAAAUAUAUGUUUUUUUGAAGAUGCAGAUUGUAGCAGUGAUUCCGAUAAAGAAAAUUUACCAAUGACAGAUUUUGAGUCUCAGUUCAUUAACGAAUUUUUAGAAACUCCCAUUGAAAUGUCAGAUUUGGAGGACGUCGAUAAGACAAACGAUUGUAUGUUGAACAAUAAAUGUGCUAAUUCUGAAAAUGGAGAUACCAUUAUUUUUGAUAAUGUAGAACCAGAAAUUGAUUGUUUAUGAUAUUUAAGAAAAUAGAAACUGUAAUCCUGAUAUAGAUACUAAGAGCAGAAGUUCUUCGAGUACAAGCAAUCAAGAUAAUAAUCAAGAAGCAGAAAUUGAAGCAGAAAAUAUUGAAACUGAAGGUUUAUCAGAAAAUUUAAAAGUAAGGACAAGAAAGAAGAGAAGGCUUGUAAAUAAAAAUGGGUGGAAUGAAAGAAGCAAAAAAAUUAAAAGGGGACCUGGUAAAGAAUAUAUUGGUAAAUGAAAACGUUCCCUGGAAUGGAAUUAUUCUGUGAAGAACAGCGCAAAAAAAUGAUGGGAAGAUGUAAUUGUGAUGGACAAUGUGCAAUGAAAUGUAACCAAAUAUUGGAUCAAGAAAGACGAGAAAUGUUUGAAAAGUUUUGGAAGUUUAGCUGGACUGAGAAAAAGAUUAACCUUACUUCUUUGGCAGACAAGAUAAGUACAAAAGACCUAGGAAUAGAAUAAAUGAAGAUGAGUCAAGAAGACAAUUUUCUUAUAGUUAUUAAGUAAUAACUUUUAAGUAAAAGGCAAAGAGUAAAUCAGAGUUUGCAAGACGCAGGAAAUAAAACAAGUUAAUGGGGAAAUUAAAGAAACAGAUGAAGGUACAACCUUACCGCAUAGAAAAUCCAAAUAUAUUGAACCUAAGUGGACGUCGAAAAGUGGCUUGUAUCAUUUCUACAAA